GCUUGCCAGCCGGCUAUAAAGUGCAGGUUCUGGAGCCGAGCAGGUCAGUGGGCAACAUGGCUGUGUUCCGGCUGAUCAAACCGGCGCCGCUGACGGAGGAGGUGCAGUCCCGCCAAGGGAAUGUAUAUCUGUACCGGGCCAUGUGGCUCAUCGGGUGGAUACCGCCGAAGGAGGGAGUCCUGCGCUACGUGUACCUCUUCUGGACCUGUGUGCCCUUCGCCUUCGGGGUGUUCUAUCUGCCCGUGGGCUUCAUCAUCAGCUACGUGCAGGAGUUCAAGAACUUCACGCCCGGCGAGUUCCUCACCUCGCUGCAGGUGUGCAUCAAUGUGUACGGCGCCUCGGUGAAGUCCACCAUCACCUACCUCUUCCUCUGGCGCCUGCGGAAGACGGAGCUCCUGCUGGACGCCCUGGACAAGCGGCUGGCCAACGACAGCGAUCGCGAGCGGAUCCACAACAUGGUGGCCCGCUGCAACUACGCCUUUCUCAUCUACAGCUUCAUCUACUGCGGCUACGCGGGCUCCACUUUCCUGUCCUACGCCCUAAGUGGUCGUCCGCCGUGGUCCGUCUACAAUCCCUUCAUCGACUGGCGCGACGGCAUGGGCAGCCUGUGGAUCCAGGCCAUAUUCGAGUACAUCACCAUGUCCUUCGCCGUGCUGCAGGACCAGCUGUCCGACACGUACCCCCUGAUGUUCACCAUUAUGUUCCGGGCGCACAUGGAGGUGCUCAAGGAUCAUGUGCGCAACUUGCGCACGGAUCCCGAGCGCAGCGAGGCGGACAACUACCAGGAUCUGGUGAACUGCGUGCUGGACCACAAGACCAUACUGAAGUGCUGCGACAUGAUUCGCCCCAUGAUAUCCCGCACCAUCUUCGUGCAGUUCGCCCUGAUUGGUUCCGUCUUGGGCCUGACCCUGGUGAACGUGUUCUUCUUCUCGAACUUCUGGAAGGGCGUGGCCUCGCUCCUGUUCGUCAUCACCAUCCUGCUGCAGACCUUCCCCUUCUGCUACACCUGCAACAUGCUGAUCGACGAUGCCCAGAACUUGUCCAACGAGAUUUUCCAGUCCAACUGGGUGGACGCCGAGCCACGCUACAAGGCCACUCUGGUGCACUUCAUGCACCAUGUCCAGCAGCCAAUAAUCUUCAUUGCCGGCGGCAUCUUUCCCAUCUCCAUGAACAGCAACAUAAGCGUGGCCAAGUUCGCCUUCAGCAUCAUUACCAUAGUGCGGCAGAUGAAUCUGGCCGAGCAGUUCCAGUAGAAUUAGCUCACAAAAAUGAUUCCGAAUUGCCCUGCACCCAUGAGCCCCAAAAAAGAGCCCCCGGCCAUUCCUCAUGAGCCUGAUUUGCAUAAAAUGUGUAUAUGUUGUGGCUUAUCUCGCAAGAUUUUGGCUGAUUUAGUUGCUAAAUGGUAAUGGCCAGGCCAAAGGCACUGAAUUCGCAAAUUGCGUUAGCAGACGGAAAUUACAAAUAUUACCAAAGCCAGACGAGUCCACGAUUGUAACAAUAAGCAGUCUGGGAAAUGGGCCCAAGCCCGCAAAAUACGAGUGUAUCCUGUGGAGCGUUGGACUCGGGGUAGCAGCAACCACAGGAAGUACAUGUAACCGUUUACAUAUUGUAUGCGAUUUUUAUUUAAAUUUUAUGUUAAACACGUGACUGCGAGCCGGCGAAAAGGCGGAGCACGAGUGUACUCUCAUAUAAUAAUAUAAAACGGAUCGCCCAGACUGGCAAAGCAAAUAUUAUGACAUAUUUUUGCGGUUUACUUGCCGCACACGCGUCAUCACAUCCCCCGCAAACGAAUGUGCCACAUAGGAGUACAUAAACAUGUAAAGUGCUUGGAUGGGGCAAGAUGGAUGAACCCUGAUAUAUGUUUGCUCUACCACGGCACGGGCAUAUUUACAAAUAUGUCGUUGGAUUCAUUACCAACAAUGGCAAGGCAAACAAGUCGGCCUAUUUCACUCCUGUUGGCCAACUUUCUGGACUCGUGUUCAGUUUGGUUUAUUUCCCGGUUUAUCUAGGAACACUUAAGCACAGGAUGGGAAACAUGUUACAUUUGUGGGAAAUAUAUUUUCCGCUUCGAGUGGGGAUUGCAGCAAUUGGUAAAAUCUUGGCCGAAUUUAAAGUGCUCUCCGCGUAAUUAGCACCUUUUAAGCCAUUUUUCCAUGCGAUUGAUUCAGUUUUUUCGCCCAAUUACAGCAAAUAGUAAAUAGCAUAUUACACGCACUCAAUCAGUUGAUGACUUUUCAUGGCUGUCUAAACACUGGCCGUUCCCACGACCAAUUAGGCUAAAUUACUGCAUUAAGUGCACUUAAACCGAGGUUAUUAAUCAUUUUCUGAAUUUAACAGCCAUUAAAGUGAUUUCGCUGCAGCGGAAGGCUAUUAAAAGCACUCGAUUCGAUUGUGCAUUUCGAUGGCCGCUGUGCCGGCGAUUGGCAAAAAAUAUGAUUAAUUAUGCAAUGAAAAGGUAAUCACUUCGCAAAUUGGCUUUUUUCGGCGGCAAAUAAA